AGAGAGAGAGAGAGAGAGAGAAAGAGAGGGCAUUACAUUUCCUUCAGAAGCAUCGAGCGCGCGCGAGCUGUAUCAUACACAUUAGAGCUCACUUCUCGUUGUGUUGUCGUGCGAGACGACCAAAUUGUGAAUCGAGACGUUUGUGUUCGUUGGUGCCGCGAGGCAAUCUUUCUCGGCGAGGACGCGCUAUUGCUACUGCUGAUCGGGAGUCUUUUUUUUGUGUGUCACAGAGGAAGUGUCGAUUUUAAGGCUUCCUACAAACAGCCAUGGCUGCGAUGUCCGUGAUCGGGAUCGACUUCGGGAACGAGAGCUGUUAUGUGGCCGUGGCACGCGCCGGUGGCAUCGAGACUAUAGCAAAUGAUUACAGUCUUCGGAGCACACCAUCAUGUGUAGCAUUCAGUGGAAAAAAUCGAAUACUUGGAGUAGCAGCCAAGAAUCAAAUGGUGACCAAUGUGAAGAAUACCAUUCAUGGUUUCAAAAGAUUAUUAGGUAGAAAAUACAAUGAUCCACAAGUUCAAUCCGAGCUACGAUCCCUUCCCUAUAAAGUAACUCCUCAGGCUGAUGGAAGCAUUGGCAUACAUGUACAAUACUUGGAAGAAGAGCACAUUUUUUCACCAGAACAAAUUACUGCUAUGCUUUUUACAAAGUUGAAAGAUAUUUCUGAAACAGCUUUACAAACUGCUGUUAAUGAUUGUGUUAUAUCAGUUCCUUCAUAUUUUACUCAAGCUGAACGUCAAGCUUUACUUGAUGCUGCUAGGAUCGCGGGCCUUAAUGUUCUAAGAUUAUUUAAUGAGACUACUGCUACUGCUCUUUGUUAUGGUAUUUAUAAACAGGAUUUACCAGCAGUAGAUGCACCUCCUAGAAAUGUUGUUUUUGUGGAUUGUGGUAAUGCUAGCUUACAAGUGAGCGUUUGUGCCUUUCAUAAAGGCAAACUUAAGAUGUUGGCAAGUACUGCUGAUUCUCAAUUGGGUGGAAGAAAUAUCGACAUUAUUCUGGCAGAACACUUCUCUAAAGAAUUUAAAACGCGAUACAAUAUUGAUGUGCACACCAAUCCGCGAGCAUACUUAAGAUUAUUGGCAGAAGCUGAGAAACUAAAGAAACAAAUGUCGGCUAAUUCGACCAACCUUCCCUUGAAUAUCGAAUGCUUUAUGGAAGAGAAGGAUGUACAUGCCCAGAUGAAUCGUAAUGAGAUGGAAGCGCUGUGCGCCCAUUUAUUUGAUCGCGUUGAAAAAACUCUGAAGCAAUGCUUAAUAGAUUCGAAAUUGAAGGCGGAAGAAAUUCAUGCGGUCGAGAUAGCAGGAGGAUCGAGCCGCGUUCCUGCUAUCAAACGUUUAGUGGAGGAAGUCUUUGGUCGACCGAUAUCGACGACUCUGAAUCAGGAUGAAGCGGUCGCUCGUGGUUGCGCGUUACAAUGCGCUAUGCUCAGCCCUGCUGUGCGCGUUCGUGAAUUUUCAGUUACAGAUAUACAGCCGUAUCCCUUGAAACUAACAUGGGAUGCUAGUCAAGGUGAAGAAGGCGAAAUGGAAGUAUUUGGACAUAAUCAUCCUGUACCAUUCUCGAAAAUGUUGACAUUUUAUCGUUCAAAUCCAUUUACGCUUACUGCCAGUUACAGUGUACCACCUCCAUCUUAUCCUCAAACAUUCAUUGGAACAUUUACAAUAAAGAAUGUAAAACCCACAUCAGAAGGAGAAUCGGCAAAAGUUAAGGUGAAGGUAAGAGUGAAUUUGAACGGUAUUUUGACUAUCGCAUCAGCAUCGCUUAUCGAAAAACGCGAGCCGACUCAACAAGAGAAAGAAGAAGAAGAGGCGCAGCAACAACAGCAGCAGCAACAACAGAAUAACAUGGAUGUUGAUUCACAUUCGGCAGAUAAAAAAGAUAAACCCGAUCAAGAAGCACAAGCAAAUGAACCUCCAGCUCCAGAGGGAGAUGAGAAAGGCGACGAUAAAGGAAAGAAAAAGAUUCCGAUUCGUACAAUUGACUUGCCUAUUGAAGCUAAUGUUUGCGGAUUAUCGCCACGAGAACUCGAUGCUGCAGUAGAAAAAGAGGGCAAAAUGGUCGCCGAGGAUAAACAGGAAAAAGAACGAAUUGAUGCGCGUAACGCUUUGGAAGAAUACGUUUAUGAUUUACGUGCUAAAUUGUCCGAAGAGAAUCAAUUAGCUACAUUCAUCACAGAAGUGGAUAAGGAAUCGUUGUAUCGUAUAUUAGAUGACACUGAAAAUUGGCUAUAUGAAGAAGGAGAAGAUUGCCAACGACAGAUUUAUUCCGAGCGAUUAACGCGUUUAAAAUCUCAAGGGGAACCAAUAAAAGAAAGGAAAUUAGAAUUCGAAGGGAGGUCUCAUGCGUUAGAAGAAUUAGCAGUAGCAUUACAACUGGCUAAGAAAGGCCUUGAUCAAAUAAAAGCAUCAAUUGGUAAAGAUGAUAAAUAUUCUCAUCUAACGGAGGAAGAAGUGAAAACGGUUGAGAAAACGAUACAAGAGAAAUGGACAUGGUUGGAGGAGAAGCGUAUGCUGCUUGCGAGCUUGCUCCGUACGCAACAACCGCCAGUCACCGUAGCGCAAAUCCGUGCCGAGAAACAAUCAUUGGACAGCAUGGUAUUACCUAUUCUUAAUAAGCCUAAACCUAAAGUUGAUCCACCAAAGGAGGAAAAGCGUAAAGACAAGUCAGCCGAUGAACAGAAGAAUAAUCAGAAUCAAAAUGCCCAAGGUAACAAUCAUAAUCAACCCAAUCAACAGCAAGCAGAAGAAGAGAAGAUGGACGUUGAGUAACGGUCACCGCAACUUAUGUGUUUUUAAUAAUAUAUUAAAUCUAAUCUAUAAUUGAAAUAGCGAAUAUUUCAUAUUUGGAUAAAACAUGUUUAUCAUGUCUCGCAAGCGCCUGACAUACCAUAGUCGGAUUACACACAUGAUUGUCUUGCUCCUUUUUUUUUUCCUCCUCCCUCUCUGUAACAUCUAUCAAUCUGGUGAACUGAACUAUUUAAUGACACAUUACCGUAACCAGCGUAAGCGUAUUGAAAAAGUAAAGAAUUGGAAUUUACAAAGUACAUUACAAUAAUAAAUGUUCUCUUGUUUGAAUAGAAUAUCAUAAAUAUAAUUGCUAUCUGAAAGGGAAGAAGCACAAACGUCCUAAAAAAAGCAAAAUAGCGAAAUUUUACUUAGAAAAAAAAAUUAAGUUUUCAGUACGCUUCUAAAAUGCAUACAUAAAAUGCUUUUGGAUAGAUACUUGAAAAAAAAAAGAAAGUCUCAUCAAAACUUAUCAGUAAAAAGAAUUAUGAAAUAUUAUGCUGCAACUUUUAAAGUAUAGGAUGCGAGCUAUGUUAGAUCUAAUUGACCAAACUAAAUUGUGAACUAGAUAAUGUUGCUGUCGAUGUUUUAUUUUUAAUAAUAUUAUUAAAUUAAAUUUAUAAUUAAUAAUUAUUCAUUCCAACAUUUUCUUACGCGACUGACAGCAGACACAAGUUUUCUUAUUGCAUUUAUAAUAGUUUCUUGAAGUAAUGUUUACUUGAAAUAAAUUAAUAUUUCACUAAUUAAGAUUUUGCAAAAUCUGCUUUAAUAUAAACAUCGACAAAGAUGUUACAGGAAUUCGUCUUAAUUUUUUUUUUUUUUUUUCACCUUUUUAGUUGAAUUCAAACUAUCAUUUUUAACUAUAAAAAUUACAUAAAAACCGAUAAUUCGGUUAGAUAUAUCAUUGUACAUAAUUUAUAGGCAUCUACAAUGACAUAGUAUAUUUCUUUAUCACUAUAUUUAGAUUGCUAUAUUAUAGUGACUUCUGAUUGUAAGCAUAUUCUCAGAGUAUUAUCUUUCAGCAAAGUUUAAACUCUGUUAAAUGACAGCUGAAUGAUCAGGUAAGAUUUUUUUAGAUCAAUUCAUUCGAGAGCUAGCAGGGGUAAUAAUUGCUUGUUUAAAAAAUAGAAUGAAAAAUCGCUUAUAAUCGGAAGCCAUUGUAUCUCACAGUAUAUAGAAAUUAUAACAAAAAUUUAGUUGUUUCUAGAAUAUACAAAAUAGAAAAUAGACGGAAGUCCAUAUUUCACUCUCGCGCCUAACUUUAUUCCUACACUGCUUUUAGCAACUAAAAGUCGCAAAUUACGCGUGUAUAAAAUAUAAUUAGUAUUAGCAAGAUGUAAAAAAUGUGUUAAAAAAUACGUUGUUUCUUCAAAUGAUAAAAUUUUCCACAACAAACUUUCUUUUUUUUGUGUGUGUUUGUACAUUUUACACAUAUUAAAUUACUUUUGUGAUUUUUGUAUAUUAAGAUAAGUUUAUAACGUAGAGACCAUCAUAGUGAGAUAAUAUGAUAUUCAAAAUUCGUUAUCAUUAUUUAGAAAUUGCCAUAUAUCAAUAGAUGAGUUUCAUUUACUGAAUAUUUAAGUUUUCAUACGUAAAUGUUCAUACGGAAACGUAAAUGUUAAUUUCUCAUAAUUUAUAUUUUAGUUCUAUAAUAUGUGUAUAUAGUAAUAUAUUAUAUACACAUUUAAAAAAUGAUACGUUCUUUAUUUUAUUUGCAAUUAUGUUAAAUAAAAAACCCAAAUAAAUUUGUUAAUAACAAAAUGUUUUUUCUUUUUUUUCACAAUAUUAUGAUUAUUCAAUAAUUGUGUUAAUAGUCGAUAUUUAUUAUUUCGAUAAUCAAUAAUUAUAAUGCAUUUAUAUUACAUUGAGAUGCAGUGAAUAUCUUGAACUUUUCAAAAUUUAUAAAUUUAUGAAUUCUGACUAUAUUAUACAAUAUAAAUAUCAAUCUCUGACUCCUCACUAUAUGUAUAAAGGGAGAAAUAUGGGCAUCUAUCUUGCUCUUUAAUUUAAAAAUGCACAAAUUAUUGCAAUUUGUAUUGCUAUAGUUACAUUAUUUUAUAAAGAAUGAAAUUGCGUAAAUGAUAAUAAUUUAUACUUUAUUAGCAAAAAAUCAUAUUAAUCCAUUGCAUGAUUAUAUUUUUGUUCACACAAGUGGAAAUAUACAUAUGAUAGUUUAACAAUUGUGUGAACAUCAAACAAUAUAUUUGAAAUACACACUAUGAACUUGUGUAAUAUUGAAAAAAUUUUAGAAUAUACAUUUUUUUGUGUGGAAAUUUCACUUUUACAUAAAUACAUAUAUUGCAUUGUAUUAGCAUAUGGUUUGUCAAUUUUGAUAAUAGCAUAAUAAUUAAAUAGCAACUAUUGAUAACUUAAUUAUAACAAGAGAGGAAAAAUCAUAUUAAGAGAUAUGCUGUAAUACCAGCAUAUCAAAGUUUCACUUUAAUGCUAUCCAAAACAAAUAUAUUGACUGUGAUUAUGUCAUAAAUGUAUGGUCACCAAGGUGUACUUAAUAAUAAAGAAUUAAUCUAUCUUGA